AUGUCCGCCCAUAUCUUAGUAGAGUACACAGAACUCCAUCGUGCCUUAGGGGUCAGUAAAAUUUUGGUGCAUGACCUUAACCUGAAUUCGAGGUUGAAGAAAAUUUUGAGUCGGUACCACGACACCGGACUGGUGGAUGUCUUGCCCAUGAAAUUUCCUGGAAAUGUUUCCGAAGAAAUGCAAAAAGCCAGAUAUAACCAUCCGUUGUAUGCCGAUGCCCAGAUGGCCGUGUAUGACUGUAUGGAAAGGUUAUCCGGAUAUGGUUUUAUAGGCAUUAUCGAUUUUGAUGAAAUAUUGGAUUUAUUAUCAACGCACGAGAAUGCUGGAAGCUUCAUGUUUGGUGUAGAACAAUUCAUCAGGGAUUGGAACAUAUCCAACAACUCUACCUUGGAAUCUAUGAGAUAUAUUCAAAGAAUGGAACCAGACUAUGUUAGACCUAAAUUAGUUCAUAUUCCUGGCCGAGUUGGAAUGGUUUGGACCCACGAUGCAUCUCCUUUAUGGGGCUUCAAGAGAUAUCGAGUACCGUUUGGAGUGGCAACAAUCCACCAUUACAGAACCUGUCGUUUUGAAGUUAGAGAGAACUGCUCCAAUGCACCACGAUUCUCUGAUGCCAGGCUGCUGAGUUUAGAAGAUGCCAUCAAACAUCGAGUCCAAAAGAUCCUGGAAAUUUUUCCUUGA